GUGAGAAGCUAGGCGAAAAGGCGGUACACAGGGUUAGUUAUACUACGUACCGGCGGCACAUGUUCCCGUGUAUGCAGCGGCUCGGGUCGUUCUUCUAUUCUACAGCGAAGGGUCCCGCCCGCAGCCAACCACAAGUGGCCAUCCGUUUGGCGCGUCACGGUGACUACAGCGCCAUCAUGCGGAUCUCGGAGGGACUGUCCGGUACGGACUACGUUCCCGCCAAAUUCCACUCCUUCAUAGACGAUCCUGACGUCACGGUGUUCGUGGCAGAGGUUGAACACCAAGUGGUGGGGUUCAGAGCAUCAAAAUUCACGGAAGGCGGGCAAGUCUACGUAGGUAAAGCGGCGAGGGUCGCUCCUGACUGGAGGGAACAAGGCAUUAUGAAUGAGCUGUUGUUUCACCAAGAGGCUUGGAUCCGCCAGAAUCGCCCCACGAUCAAGUACAUGAGAGUAACGGCACUUUCUAACAGCCCUGCGGCGGAAUACUUCCACACAAGAAUACGGCAUAUUUUUAGCCUGCCCUUCGUAAGCUACCAGUGCGGCCCCGGUCUCUGGUGGCGACAGGACCCUGCUCAGCUGGCUCAACUGGAGCCGACCGGCUUACCGGACGUCGUGCCUCUACAGGACGCAGACGACGACUUCUGUACGGCCGUACAGAAAUGGCUUCCCGCCGGGGCUUGUGGCGGCUACGACGGCAAACCCAUCAUACUGGUUGACUGGGACCCGUACAAUCUAUGCCCAGCUAACUUAAAACAUCUACAGAAAGAGAGCACAUUGUUUACACUUAAGCACGAAGGACAAUUCAGUCUAAGUAUCGUAACCACAUACCUAGCCCCUUGUGGUAGAAUGCUGUGUGUCGAUGUAUAUGCUAAGGACUUUCCUACUCUGCAAAAACAUUUGUUGAAACAUCUGUACGACGCAAGCCUCAUGUACACAAGUGACCAGAUCUGUAUGAGAGUAUUUUCAGGUGUAGUUGAGUUGGAGAACUCAAUCCACGAAUUCUGCAGGGACGUUUUAAACAUGGACGAGCUGCACAAGCCGGGCUUACAAGCAGUGCUUUUCGAAAGUGAGCUGUGAGGUACUAGGUGGCAAUUUGUGUCACACGUGGUUCGUCGUAAGAAAAUGUCCGGGUGAAAAUAUGAACUUCUGCAGUCACAA